AUGAGCCUAUCGCAGACGGGGGCGUGCCCAAACGGGGGUCACGUGACCAGGCACGUGUUCCGGUUCCGGGUCUGGUGCGCUCUGCGUAGUCUGGCGGCGGUUGCGGGGGGGAAGCUAAAAGCAUCCAGCAUGAAGGUGGCGAAGAAAGUGUCUAAAGUGACCAAAGCGGGUAAAAUGACGAAACCCAAGCGGACGGCGAAGCGGCUCCUGGUUGUGGCGAAUCAGGCGGCGGCCGCCGAGGCAGCGCGACGCGCCCGCCACCUGAAGGCGCUGAGUUGCGUGUCAGGCGCCGAGCGGGAGCUGGAGGAGCUGGUAUUCGGUGAUAGCCUCAAUGGGCAUGAGGAUGAGCUGCUGCGGCGCCUGUCCGGGCCUCGACGGGUUACUGCUGCAGGGGGGAAGGACCUCCAGGAAGAGUCCAGCGAUUCGGAGGUGGAAAAUGAAGCAAAACGUGACUUACUGCUCAAAAGUCCGGCCUGGGUAGAUGAGGACGAUGAAGCUGAGGAAAACGUUGAUAUGACCCAUAAGUACAGGAAAGAUUUAAUGAAAAGUGAUGCUGAGACAACGCUUACUAAGAAAAAACUAAAGAAAAGACUUGAGGAACAGUUUCAGCAAGCCAUGGGAGGAGUUCCUGCCUGGGCUGAUCUAGAGAACAGGAAGAACUCCAAAAGGACUUUGAGUGAUAGUGACAGUGAUGAAGAUGAUGAUCUGCUACGCAGGACCGGCAAUUUCAUAACGAGCUCAGAGUCUCUGCCAAGAGGGAUUUUGAAGAUGAGCACCUGCCUUCCUGCCAACCAGGAACGUUUUGCCAAUGGAAAACUGGUGACUGUACAGUUUCAUCCUUCAGCUCAAGUGGUGAUGACAGCUGGGCAUGAUCGCUCUGUGUCCCUCUUCCAGGUGGACGGUAUAAGGAACCCAAAAAUACAGAGCAUCUAUUUAGAGAGUUUUCCAAUUUAUAAGGCUCAUUUCAGUGUGGAUGGAGAACAAGUUAUAGCCACUGGUACUCACCACAGCAUGUUCUUUGUGUAUGACAUGAUGGCUGGGAGUAUCAUCCCUAUCCCAAAAGUGCGAGGUGUGGAGGAAAAAUUCCUCAGAAACUUCGAACUGUCUCCAGAUGGAUCAUUUAUGCUGCUGAUUGGAAAUUCAGGUUACCUUCACUUGCUGUCCAUGAAGACGAAAGAACUGAUCAGCACUAUGAAAGUGAAUGGAAGGUGCACUGCCUCUGCUUUCACCCCAGACAGCAGUAAAAUAUACAGCUAUUCAAAGGAAGGCGAAGUUUUCAUUUGGGAUGUGAGAAGCCAAAAGAGUCUACACAAAUUUGAAGAUGAAGGUUCUUUGGAAGGAAAGUGCAUUGCUGUUUCAAAAAAUAACCAGUAUGUGGCAUGUGGUUCAUCUUCUGGAGUUGUAAAUUUAUACACUACUGAUGCCUGCCUCAAAGAAAACCGUCCUAAACCAGUUAAGGCCAUAAUGAACCUUGUUACUUCUGCCACCUGCGUGACCUUUAAUCCCACCACAGAGAUUUUGGCAGUGGCUUCCCGUGACACUGAUGAGGCUGUCAAAUUGGUGCAUCUUCCUUCAUAUACUGUAUUCUCAAAUUUCCCAGUCUUCAGAAAAAAACAGAUUUAUCUUACUCAAUCUAUGGACUUCUCUCCCAGAAGUGGAUAUUUCUCUGUAGCAAAUAACAAAGGCAAAGCUUUGUUAUUUAGGCUGAAACAUUAUUCAUUCUUCUGAAAGAAGAUACAGGAGAAAAUGAACCAGUAACUGAGGUUUUGUAACCUGCAGAUAAAAUGAUGCUGACAAAAGCAAAGCUUUUUUUGCAAUUAUUAUUAUUUUUUUAUUUUAUAUGGAAGCUACAAAAUACUAAUAGAAUAUAUGUAUUUUUAAAUUUGUUGUUUUUAAAUAAAUGUACCUGGUAAGUUUCCAGGCAACUUGUUUCAACUUAUUCCAGUGCUUCGUGUAAGCUCACAAGUAAGAUUUUAUUGCUUGGCACUCAAGCUUGUGUCUUCCAGAAGUGCUUGAAUGUCUUAAUUAUUAUAAUUAUGUGAAAUAUUCCUGUGCUGAAACAGAAAUUUUUUGCAAACUGACCUCUGCUCCAUGCGUUUAGCAGGAGCUUUUCCAUCAGCCUGGUUCACUUGAGGCUGGGCUGGAAACAGCAUUUUGUUGCCUAGAGGAGCCCAGUCCCCUGAGACCCUGUUGAUGUUGGUGUUGCAGCUUAGCCCAACUUCCCAGCUGUGGCUUCAAGGUGCCCUAAACCAAGAGGUGAAAAAAACCCACCCUGUUUAUGCUUUCCUGCCUCCAGUGUCACAGAAACAACUGCAUCUAACAUGGGUUUAAUUUUUAAGGAAAACCCCAGUCUUUUUGUGAAAGCAAAGAAUCUUGAGUAUCACAUGAUUUUUAAAUCAGUGAUGAAAUUUAAAUCAGUGGUGAAAAUCCAUCAGGAUCCCCAAGCUGGGACUGGGCUACAGGGUCUGCUGCUGCUUCUUCAUCUGCUGCCAAAUCCUGCUCCUCUUCUCUCUUCCUAAAGUGGCUACCUUGUUCUGCUUAAAUUCAUGAAAUAAAGGUUGAUUAGGGACCUACUACAGUAAAACCCUCAUUUGAGAGUAAAUUGUGACUCAUGUCUGACCUCUUUCCACAAUGGAAUUUUCUGGGAGGUAACAGCACCAGUCAAGAUGCUCCAGUAACCAGUACUGAAGUCAUUAAGACUUCAGUGAAUGUGGCAUCCCAGAAGAUGUACUCUGAGCAUGAGAAAAAUUGAUUGUAUAACCACAUCAAAGAUUUUGACUAUAUGAGCCUAUUGGUGAAUUCUUGUCAUGCUAUUUUAAAAAAUAAAAUACCAUAUGUUCAGAUA